GCACAGCUCGCCAGCGUCCGGUUCUCGGGGCGACCCGGCCCGCGCGCUGGCCCCGCCCCCAGGGCGUGCGGCUCUACAAAUACCGCUGCGCCGCGAGCCGGGCGAAGCCGUUGAGCUGGGAGGCGCGGUCGGGAGUCGUUACUUCGAGAGGGCAGUCGCCGGCUAGGGGAGCGCGGUGGCGGCGAUCCACCUAGUCGGAGCUAGGAAAGGAACGACUCGGAGACCAGGGUGGGCUACUUUAUUUUUCUUCCGGGGCUUUUCAUUUUUUCUUGUCUUUUGCUUUGAGCCGAGUGUCGCUCGCUGAGAACUGAGAUCCCCUUGGCAGAAUCCCGAGCGACCCUCCCGUCGAUAUCUGGGGCUCGGGGUCGCCGGGUGCUGCGAACGUGCCUGACGAGCAGGCGAGGGAGCAAAGCUCAUCGCGGGCAAGGACCCAGUGCUCGCUCGACCGCUCGUCCCCCCCCCCCCCAGCGGGUCUCUUCGCGCAGGACGCGCGCGAUGAAGGCGGUGAGCCCGGUGCGCCCCUCAGGCAGAAAGGCGCCGUCGGGCUGCGGCGGCGGAGAGCUGGCGCUACGCUGCCUGGCCGAGCAUGGCCACAGCCUUGGUGGCUCGGCGGCUGCCGCCGCCGCCGCCGCGGCAGCGCGCUGCAAAGCGGCCGAGGCUGCGGCCGACGAGCCGGCGCUGUGCCUGCAGUGCGAUAUGAACGACUGCUACAGCCGCCUGCGGAGGCUCGUGCCCACCAUCCCGCCCAACAAGAAAGUCAGCAAAGUGGAGAUCCUGCAGCACGUUAUCGACUACAUCCUGGACCUGCAGCUGGCGCUGGAGACGCACCCUGCUCUGCUGAGACAGCCGCCACCGCCCGCGCCACCGCUCCACCCGGCCGGGGCUUGUCCGGCCGCGCCGCCGCGGACCCCGCUCACCGCGCUCAACACCGACCCGGCCGGCGCCGUGAACAAGCAGGGCGACAGCAUUCUGUGCCGCUGAGCCGCGCUGGCCAGGUGUGCUACCGCCCGAGCGAGCGUGAGCGAGCCAGGAGCCCCAGAAAGGGAGGGCCAGAGCAGAAAUUAAGAGAAAAAAGCCACCGGAGGAAAGGGGGGAAAACAACCUUCAGCAAAUCUAGAAAUGUUGUCUCGUCUCAGUCUCAUCAUUCCAAGAGAGAGAGAGAAAGAGAGAGAGGAAAAAAUAAUAAAACUUUCAUUCACUUUUAAUUUUUUGCACGUUCACAAGCUUA